AUGUCGCGUGGGAAGAGAGUGACGCGAUUGUGGAUGCUUGGGUUUCAAAGCUAUUCAAGACUGAGACUAAGACAAAUUGGUGACUUUGUUGUCAAGCAUCGGAAAGGCGUCCCUACAGAGUUAUGUGAGCCCAAAGCAGGAGCAUUUAAGGUGUCGUUUCGGAUGGAAUUCGAAGACGGUGGCUCAGCGGUUAUCCGCUUCCCAAAGCCUGGUGCUAGCAUGUUCCCUGAAGAAAAAAUCAGGAAUGAGGUUUCCGUGAUUAGGUAUCUUAAGGAUAAUACAUCAAUUCCUGUUCCAUUCAUUCUACACUGGGGCACAAAGGAGGAAAGCCCUCUAGGUUUGGGCCCGUUUAUUAUCAUGGAAUACAUUGAUCAUGCCAUGGAUUUGGGUGCGGCAUUGAGCACACCCGGGCUCAAUAUUGAAAACCGCCCGAUCCCUGAUCCACAUAUUGAUAGCAAUAAGCUUGAAAUGCUGUACGGACAGCUUGCGGAUAUCUUGCUACAGCUACCUAAGUUGUCCUUUCCUCGGAUAGGUUCUCUUACCCAGGUGGAUGACUUCACAUGGGAAGUAACACGCCGGCCUCUAUCCAUCAAUAUGAAUGAACUGAUCCGGCUAGGAACGUUACCACGGUCGAAGCUGCCAGCCACGUCCUUCGAGAACGCUUCCUCUUAUUAUAAAGCACUCGCAGACCUACACCUUGAGCAUUUGGUUCACCAACGGAAUGACGCAGUUGAUUCUGUGAAUGAUUGUCGAGGGAAGUACGUCCCUAGACAGCUCUUCCGUAACCUCGCCAGGGACGGCCGACUUGUCUCCUCGCUCAAAAAAUUAUGGUGUGACGAUCUUCGACCCUCUAAUGUGCUGGUGAACGCAAACUUGCAAAUUGUUGGGGUUGUUGACUGGGAAUUCACCUAUGCUGCUCCUGCGGAUUUCUCCUUUGCACCACCAUGGUGGUUGCUUCUCGAACAGCCGGAGUACUGGCCAGACGGGAUUGAGGCUUGGACAGAGGUGUAUGAAUCUCGUCUACAAACUUUCCUAAACGUGCUUAUCAAACGAGAAGUCGAGGCUAUCAGGCAGGGAAGGUUGAAAGAGGACCAAAAACUUUCCGGUCCAAUGCAGCAAAGCUGGGAAAGUGGACACUUUUGGGUCACUUAUGCGGCGAGGAAAAACUUUGCCUUUGAUGCUAUCUUCUGGCAGAAACUUGACUGUCGAUUCUUUGGGCCUAGUGGGGUCCCAGAAGGGAAUCGAUGGAAACAGAGGGUUGACCUCCUUGAUGAAGAAGAGAAAUACUAUAUGGAAGAGCUGGUGAAUCAGAAAUUUGAGCACAUGAAAGAAAGAGUUUUAGCAUGGGAACCGAAUGAAGUGUAUUUAGAAAAGGUGUAA